AUGAUGAAAAUGAAGCCUGCUGCAUCUCCAUCAUACGAGCCGCUGGGGACCAGAGACAACGACGAUGUCGUCUACAGCGUGUCUGGGGAUACGCAAAGCGAGUACGAUGUAUCUCUCUUGAAGCAAGCACGCCAACGGCCUCAACACUCCAAUAGACGCCUUCAAUUGCUCCUCUGGCUGAAUGCUACUGUUUUUGCGCUGUCACUCUUUCUCUUUGCCAUGACUGUCAGCAUCGUUCGGGGCACUGGCGACCCAAACCAUCUCUUACGAAAGACCUCCGAGUACUCUCCUGUGUUCGAUAGCCUUGAGAUACCCCUCAUCAGCAAGAAAAUGAAUGCGACGCUACUGGAGCCAGACCCCCUUCCCAUCUACCGCCAACCCCCUAGCCCGGAGGUAGACGCAGCCUGGAACCGACUGGCGAACAUUAACCCCAUCGCCAUCAGUCGUGAUGACGUGGCCACGCUGGGAAGGGAUCCUGAGCAGGCAGCCAAAUGGCCCGAGAGCUUUGGCUUUGGAUCCGAGGCGUACAUUGGGCGACUGGAUGUCUUCCACCAGAUCCAUUGUCUGGAUUGGCUGCGGCGUGAAGCGUACUUUGACCACUACUAUGGAAAGAAGUGGCCGCCGGGAACCCCGCCCUCUGACAUGCAUCGGACGCAUAUCUCCCACUGCACCUACCUGCUGCUCCAGAACCUGAUGUGCAACGCUAAUGUCGACAUCUACACCCAUUACUGGGCGGAUGCUCAGCUGAACGCCUUCCCCGACUUUAACGUGAACCACAAAUGUCGUGAUUUUGACGCCAUCUUGCGCUGGCAGGAGGAGAACUCGGUGAAUGUGGAUGAGUUUGCAGCCAUUAGAAAACCCCCCGAAGCAGAGGCCCGGGUCAUGUCGCAUCGAUUCAAGGAGUUGUUUGGUUGGUACAAGUCCAAUCCGGAUGAUGGCUCGGACAGUGGGGUCAUUGGAUGA